AUGGCCCGCGACCGCGAGCCCGCCUGGACGCUCUUAAAGGAGCCCAUCGUCUGGUCCGUCGCCCUGACGAGCGCCAUCCUCUUCGUCGUGCUCAGCGUCGUGCUCUACCGAAACGAGAUGCACCAGACGUGCCACGACCGGAUGAAGGUCGGCGACUACGCGGAGACGGACGGCGACGAGCGGCACCAGCUGAGCCACAUCCUCUGUUGCGACUUCGAGUACCGGCUCACGGCCGCGGGCUUCACCGUCGCGGCGUUUCUGUUCGUCGUCGGCGUCCACAGGAACCUCGGCCCGAUCCGCGUGAGCCUCGGCAAGCGGCAGGCCGUCGUCAUCGCCGUCUUCGCGUGGGUCGCGGCCGUCGGUCUAUGCCUCCUGAGCGUCUGCGACACCUGCGGGCGCUUCGAGGCCUACCACAUGAUCGGCGCGGGCAUGUUCUACGUCGGCGGCUUCGGGAUCAUGUUCGCGACGACGGCGACGUGGCGGACCGUCGAGGGGAAAUGCGUCUGCAACUACCAUAGCAGCCUCCACUGGGAGACCGACGAGAGGUAUUGGGUCAUCGGCUUGGCCAAGGUCUUCUCCCUCGCGGGCGGCAUGCUGACGCUGUUCCUGUGGUGGGCCGACCCCUUCCUCGGCCAGCUCCUCGCCAUCGCGACGAUCCUGCUCACGUGCCUGAGCCUCCAGUUCGACGCGACGUACCUCGGCGGGCCCGAGGUCAUCCCCUUUACCGAUACGUAAACCUUAGCAUUUUC